ACCAAAAACCCAACAAGCCCAAAAGAGUCCACGUGUCCAUUUUGCUAACAUGCGCCUGCCCUCAACUGUCAAAAUGAAAAACCCUCCCAAAAUCUCAACUCACUCGGUAUUAAUUUUGAAAGUGAAAAGUGCAGCCCACAACGUUUCACAUCCACCAGCACCGUCGGAUCAUUCUCCCUGUAUAAGUACUCCUCAGAUUCGCAUAACGGACAAUCACAAAUAGAGGGUUUUUUUUUUCACCAGUAUAGAAAAAGAAGGGUUCCUAUACGAUCAGUCGCACAGAAGAAAACCCAACGCCACUAAAAACAACUGCACGGGUUGAGAAGACUAGGGUUCUUCGAAUCAGCGACUCCAAGGGAUAAAAGGAAAUAAAAUAAAUAUCAAAACUUUAUGUUUUUUUCCUCUUGGGAAAAUUAUUCUAAAGAUUAGAAAAGCUACCGUUCGUGUUCGUUUGGCGAUUAUCUUUGUCUCUGUUAUUAACAAUGGGAAGAGGAAAAUUCAAGGCAAAGCCCACUGGGCAACGCCACUUCUCCACUCCAGAAGAGAUGCUUGCUGGUACCUCUUCUCGUCCUCGCACAUUUAAGCGGGUGCUCUCUCUUACAGACGUGCUCAAUGGACACUUUAGAGGAGGAAGAAUCUGAGGAAUGUGGUCAGGAGUCUGGAGAAGAAUCUGAUGGUGAAACUGAACAAAAGCACAAGGUAACUCAAGGUAUUAUCGAGAUCAACAAUCCUAAUCGGGUGAAGCCAAAGAACUUGAAAGCUAGAGAUGCUGAUACUGGGAAAACCAAUGAACUAUCAAGGCGUGAAAGGGAGGAAUUAGAAAAGCAGAGAGCCCAUGAACGAUAUAUCAGGCUGCAAGAGCAAGGUAAAACAGAACAAGCAAGGAAGGAUUUGGGUAAGCUAAUUAAUAUCACUAUACCUCAUGUCAAACAUACCUGCAUUACUUACUUCUCCUAUCAGAUUUCAAUAAAAAAUGGUCUAAGCUGCAGAACCUCUGUGGCUAUACUAUUUUGAACAUUUAAGGUGGUAAGCAUAACUACACAUACUUCAGAUUACUUCUUGACAUAUAUAAAAAGAAUUUACUUACGAUCGAAAUCAUCAUUUUAUCUUGCAACUGAUGAUUCCCUGCCUCUACCUACUUCAGUUUAGGGCUUACUCGACUUUUGCUUUGUCUCUUUGGUAACAUUUUAGGGAACUGUUCCUGUGGGUUAAAAGUCCUAAAGGGCUGCAAUGAUUGUACAUUAGACUCAGGAGAUAUAUUUGCCUGUGAUAGAAUGGACAAGCUGAAUGCUUUUAAAAUCUUAAUCAUGCCAGGUCGCUUUGUGCAUCCUAACUUACAAGCACAAUGGUCUAUAUACACCUAACCACCACUGUUCACUGGAAAAUUUUUAUAACACAAUCUUGUGAUCCUGCUUUGUAUGAUGGUUAGAGACAUUAUUUUAUAACUCAAUCUUGUUGAUUCUGCUUUGUAUACUGCCAUUUUUCCCUUCAAAUGAAAAACAAAAGAAAGAGAGUUAUUUUGAAUUUUACUG